UUUACCACUAAUCUAGAGUAGGAAGUUACUCAUACUAGACUUUAUCAAGAAUUGUCUGUUUAUUGUUUAAUAUCAACCUUCUUCGCUCUUCAUUCCUACUUCCAUCUUCGUCUAUAUCUUCACAAUUUUCAUCAUUUCUCCCAUUGAUUAACUCACUUUUGCCUCCUCACUCAACAUCCGUUGGCUAAACUGAAUAAAAGUUCAAGUUGAACCAUCCAAUUUCAACUAAUUUACAGAAUGCUGUUUAACCAACCAACAACAACACCAUUAUCAUUAACUAACAAUCAUCUCCACAUCUAAUCCUCUAUUUGUGUUCAUCUAUUCAGUAUUAGUGUUAUAACAAUCUAAAUUGAUUAAUUGGCUUCAAUACUUGACAAACUUUGAGCUUUUUCGUUGGUUUUACAGCUUCUGUUGUCCGACAGUUUCAUUUGUUUACAUAUUUUACAACAUAACGUUCUUCGCUUUUCAUCAUGUCUAUUGUUCAUUUUGUUUUCUUUUCAUUCCUUUUUAUUGGCAUUUCAUUUGUAAAUGUAACCUACAGCUGGUCAAUUGAUGAUGUUAAUCCAGUAGUGAGUACUCGUUAUGGUCACAUCCGAGGUCGAAGAGACACACCAGUGGGAAAUUAUCCAAGUGAUUUGAGAAUCACUUCCUUCAUUGGUAUACCUUAUGCGUCUCCACCAGUGGGUAGCGGUCGGUUUUCUAACCCAAAAGAACCAGUAAAAUGGUCUGGUUUCCUGGACGCUACCAAUCGUCGAGUUAUGUGUCCACAGGUUGAACAGAGAUUCCGACUUGAAUCUGACCCUCAAAUUGGUGAAUCUGAAGAUUGUCUUUAUCUCAAUGUUCAAGUUCUUAGUCGAGGUCCAGUUACAGCGAAUGCUCCUGUUGUAGUUUAUUUACAUGGUGGAGAGUUCAAAUAUGGAGGCAAAGAUUUCUAUUAUCUGGACGUUUUACCUCAAAACCUUAACUCUCUUGUGUUUGUAACUAUCAACUAUCGAUUAGGACCUUUGGGUUUCCUUUCUACUGACACUAAUGAAGUUCACGGUAAUUAUGGGUUACGAGAUAUAAUUAUGGCUCUACAAUGGGUGCAAUCCGAAAUAUCUCAAUUCCAUGGAGACACGAAUUCAGUUGUUCUUAUGGGCCAUGAUGCUGGUGCGAUUGCCGCUAACAUGCUUAUGCUGUCCACUUAUAAUAAAGUGUAUUUUAAUGCUGUUGUUUGCUCUGGAGGAACCGUUUUUACUCCUUGGGCCUUUGAACAUCAACCAUCUACUAUUAGUCGGGAACUUGCGCUUAGUUUAGGCUGUGGGUAUACUCAGAUUCGUCGAUGUCUUCAACAAAAAUCUACUUCUGAAAUUUUGGCUGUUGCGAGAACCAAAAAGCUGCAUUUUCGACCAACAAUGGAUCGUAACUUGAGUGAUCCAUUAUUCCAUGAUAUACCUCAAAUUCAAAUUGAAAACGGUUUCUUCGCACGAGUACCAUUGAUAGUUGGUAUAACUGAACAAGAAGGUGCUCUUGAUUAUUACCGAAAUUACCGGCAAAUACAAGCUAUAAGUAAAAUUCAAGAUAAAAUUAGAUAUUUGAUUGGACCUUUUGUUAAACGUUUUGCAAAUCUUGACGUUCUUGCAUCUUUAGUACAUUAUCAAUAUUUUCCCGAUGAAGAAGCUCGAUCAGGUAGACAGAUUACUACUGUUGGUCGCGGAUACAAUCAAGGCCAAGUUGAUGAACGCUUAGUUCAGGUAUUGGGAGACUUUUUAUACACCUUACCAGCUGAAAAAGCGCUGCAACUUCACUCCAGUCACAAUCUUAUAUCAAAACUUUACGUUUACGAAGACAAACAGCCUCGCAUUACCUUUGGAAUGCUUCAGAGAAAUCUGGCAUCUGAUGUUACCGCUGAUAAAUUCAGAGCCACUCACAUGGACGAUAUAUUUGUACUGUUUAAAACAAUUUAUUCAAAACAAUACGCUGAGGCUAACCCGGCAGCAAAUACUCUUCUCUCUUGCAUUUUAUCAACCAUUAAAGACAAGGAGCAAACUUGUAACUGGCAAAAUUACCAAACGACAACUCGCUCUUACAUUCGCGUUACCCGUCAAGGCUCUGCUUAUGGUAGCAUGUUUCGUUCUGAGCGUAUGGUUGCUUUCUGGAAUCAUCUAUUCUCGACAGUUGAAGCUAGCACCGUUGUCAUUCCUCCCUACUUCCCAGAAGCAGCAUUUCGAUCCUACCAAGCAGCUACAUGGUCUUUAGUUGCCAUUGUUGUCAUUUUAUUAUUGUUAUCAUCCAGUUUGGGUGCAUUUAUCUUCAUUAAAAGACGAAAUGAUAAACAAUCACUCGAGUCAAUUCGGAAGCCAAAUGAGGAAUCAACUGAAAAAGGAGACGUAGUUGAACAACUUUAGGAAUCAUUGACUUGGAUCAUAUUUCUGGUUAACCGAUUUACCAGUGGAUCAGAUGGAUUCGUCUAAACCUGUUGACUUUUUUUGAGAAAUUUUUUUUAACUCAAAUGAAACUUCUUUGCAUUUACUUUAUCACCAAAUUAUCCACCAUUAAUUGUAAUAAUAAUCAGAAAAUCUCUUUUGCAUGAAAACAUUUCAAUCUAGUUUAAUAUUAAAAACUAACACCGCCAUACUUUAAAUAAAUAAUAUUUACAUCUACCACG